AUGGAACAUUCAGAAUCUGAUUCCAGUCUCAUCAAUCAAUCACUACCCAUUGAUGAUGCUGAAACAAAAGAAAUACAAGAAUCCUUUUCGUCCAUGAUUACACAAACGGCCGAGAAUGGUGUUGAUGGGUCUGGUCAUAUUUUUGAACACACGUAUGUUCCAAAAGAUUGGUAUGGCUAUUUUUUCCGCUCUGUUGUACCAGAAAAAGAAACUGUACGUCAACACUUACACGAGACUUUGCCCAGUCAUUAUUUCAAUUACAGUGGAACAAGUGAAAGUGUUCGUUAUGCAUUCAAAGUCCUAGAUCGAAAGACAAAUCAACUAAUACUUGAACAAAUGCCAUCGUAUCAUAAACUCGGAAUGAAACUAUUAUUUAGUGGACCAAUGCAACGAGAAUUACUUCAUACACGUCAGGUCAAAAAAUUUUUUGAGAAUGAAACAAAACGAUUGGGUAAAGCUUUUAAUGAGCCAAAAUCACAUAGACAUAUUUAUUCAUUUGUCACAAUGUAUCGUUUAAAUGUCGACGAAUUACUUGAACCUGAUUUAUCAAAAUAUUCUUGUUUUAAUGAAUUUUUCUAUCGUAAAUUAAAACCAGAUGCUCGCCCAAUUACACGUGUCGAUGAUCCGACAGUCGUUGUAUCUUCUGCUGAUUGCCGUUUAAUUCUAUUCAAUACAGUCAAUGAUGCUACACGUAUAUGGAUAAAGGGACAUCAUUUUUCAUUGAAACAUUUAUUCGAUAAUGAAGAAAUGGCAAAAUCAUUUGAGGGUGGUUCUUUGGCUGUUUUUCGUUUAGCUCCAGCUGAUUAUCAUCGAUUCCAUUGUCCAGUCAGUGGUACUUGGGGAAAAGCGAAAACAGUUUCUGGAACAUAUUACACAGUGAAUCCAGUGGCAAUUAACGAAAAUUUAGAUGUUCUUACAAAAAAUCAACGUGUUGUCACUACAAUUGAUACGGGUGAAGAGUUAUUUGGUGUUGUCGGAUUUGUUGCAAUCGGAGCACUUCUAGUUGGAUCGAUUAAUUUUACAGUAGAAGAAGAACAACAUAUUAAUAAAGGCGAUGAGGUUGGAUAUUUUGCAUACGGUGGAUCGACAAUUGUAGCUGUGUUUAAAGAUUCCGUUGUUAAAUGGGAUGACGAUUUAAUACACAAUUCAAAUAAUUCAAUGGAAACGUUGGUUCGCAUGGGAGAACAAAUAGGAAUAAAAACCACAAAUGAAGAAAGACAAUUACUGCAACAAAUAAAACAACAAGAUAAAGAAACUAACACGCCUAAUGUUAUAAAAAAAUUAUUUGAAGCGUUCCCAUGCACAUCGGAAGAAGAAGGCUUAUAUAUGUCACAAAGUUCUUCUUAUCAAAACGAUUAUCUUGAACAAACUAUAAAUGAUUCAAAUGUCGAUCUUCAAACUCAUUAUAAUACAAAUACAAAUUUGAUGACAACAACAGUAAUUAGUUCAGCUCCAAAUCAUUUUUUAUUAUCAUCGUAUAAAGAUAAUUCAACAUUAUUAUCAACAAAUUGUUACAAAUGUUAUCUAUGUAAGAAGAUAACUGACGAUUGUUUAUUGACGUGUGCCAAUUGUGUAAAUAAUGGAAAAUUUUGUCACUCAAAACAUGAAAAUUGUUCAAAUACACGUCGAAAUACUUAUAUAAAAUUAUUAAACAGUAUAGAUUUAGAUGAAUAUCAUCAACGAAAAACUAAUAGUGCACAAAUACAUUUACAAUGUAGUGAUCGAAUGUAUUUUUUACAAAAAUUCACAAGUGAAAAAGAAAAAUUAUGUAAUGAAAUUCAAAUCAAAAUUCAACCUUUUUUAAAAAGACGUAAGAUUUCCGAUGAUAUACUUGUUCGACGAAAACGAUUGGGCAUUCUAAAACAACACAUGCUAAAAAUGACACAACAAUUGGAAAAAGAUAAAAAUCAAUUGCAAGAAAUACGCGACAAAAUAACUGUACUUUGUGAGAAAAAACAUUCUUACAAACGUAAAUUACAUGAUAUUGACAUCAUUGUACGUUUAUCAAAUGAUAAUAUUCAAAAGAAAGAUCUUUUGCGAAUUGAAAAUGAGCAAAAAUUGUUGAAUUCACGUAGACAACGAAUAAAUGAACUCUAUAAAUAUGUAUUUCCAAUUGAAGAAGUUCUUGAUACUGAAGACGUUCCCAGUUUUGAAUCAACAAUGAAAGCUAUGAUCAAUAAUGCUCAACAGACGACAGUUGAUGCCACAGGUCAUUGGUUGGAAUAUGAUGAUCGAUCACAUAAUGAUAAAUUUCGUAUUGUUGCUUCAUGUUUGCCAAGAAAUGGUGAUUAUGCAUUUGACAAACUUCUUCAAAGAAUCGAAACUGAUACAAAAACAAAUGAUAAUUCAUUAUUACCAUCAGCAAGUUAUCAGUUAAAUGAAAUUAUGUCAGCAUUAUCACAUGCUUGCCAGCUAAUGAAUAUAUUGGCAUUUUAUUUGAAUAUUGCAUUACCGUUUCGAUUACAUCAAUUAGAAUUUAAUACGAAUAAUGUUACAACCGAUCGUUUACGUGCCGAUGUUGCUAAGCUAAAUGCUAAUAUUUUAUGUGGAUGCUUUUCACAAGGUAUACCAAUCGAUUAUUCAAAUGUAAAGUAUACAAUAGAAAAUUUAUCUAAACUAAUAUCACUCAAACGAUAUCAGAGUCGUCCAAAACCGGUUGUCUAUCCUCAACAUUACAUCGAUAUGAUUGAAGAAGAAGUAAAUGAUAUUAGUCGAGCAUAUGUAACUGAUUAUUGGUGGGAUGAUGCCGAGAAAGAUGUUACUGAUAUAUUAAAUAAUGAAGAUUGGGAAACAGUGCCUCAAGAUUAUAAUAUUCCUGAUGAUCCUUAUCUAACCGAACAUAGUACUCAAAGCACGGCAAUGAGUGGAUCAAUUGGAUUAGUAUUGAGAAAUAAAAGUAGUCUUUUUUUAUCAGUUGUACGAAGUUUGACAGCACCGUCAAAAACGUAG